CAAAUAAGAAGACUUGGACUUAUGAUGUUGCACAAAUUGGAUGGUGGUGCGCCCAAAUCUUUCCAUACUCAAAUAACGGUGGCCUGCAAAAUGAAGCUGGGAUUAGUCUUCCUGCUGAUGUGCUUCCUGGCUCCUGGGAUGCCGAUGCCACUUCCUGGCCCAAGCAUUCACAAUCUCUCUUUCAAAAAUAUAGAUUUCGCUUUGAACCUUUUCCGCAAAAUAUCCAGUUACCACGACGAGAACAUCAUUUUCUCCCCUCUAAGCGUUUCCACCAGUUUUGCCGCCCUGUCCAUGGCCGCCCGUGGCGUCACGUACGAGGAGAUUCUGAAAGGACUAUGCCUGGAGAAGCUGGCUCAAGCUGAUCAGCCUGAUCUGAUCCCCAAGCUGUUCCAGAUGCUCCAUGGUAACAUCACGCAGAAUGGAACCAUGAUAGCGGACCAAGGCAUGUCCAUCUUUGCCCGCCAGCAUUUUAGCAUAGAGAAGACCUUCGAAGAGCAGAUGAAGUCCUAUUUUAAUGGCGACGUUAAAAGAGUAAACUUUGAAGAUACACAGGCAAGUAUCCGUGUCAUUAACGAGUAUAUUAAAGACAAGACUGGGGGAAAAGUGACAGACAUGGUGUCCAGCCUUGAUCCACUGACCCAACUCAUGAUUAUCAACACCUUUUACUUCCAAGGAGGAUGGGAAAUGCCUUUUAACCCCAACCACACACACAAGGCACCCUUCUACGUCGAUAACUACAAUAUUCCGCAAGUGCAAAUGAUGUUCAAAGAGGACAAGUUUGAAAUGAUGGACGAUUCUCAUCUGGGCGCAAAAGUACUGAAAUUGCCCUACCUGGAGGGUGUUUCCAUGCUCAUCUUGCUACCAAACAAAGGAGUGGACUACAGUUCUAUUGAAGAUGAGCUCACUGCAAAGAUGUUCCUCAAUUGGAUCAAAAAACUGCAAAAAACUAGACUGGAGAUCAACAUUCCCAAAUUCAAAAUGGCGCAGUCGUACUCUUUGCACAACAUUCUCCCAGAACUAGGAUUCACCGGUAUCUUCUCUCGCACUGCCAACUUGACCGGACUAAGCAAGGACAAAGAACCCCAGGUUUCAGAGGUGUUACACAAGGCUGUCAUUGAGGUGGACGAGACAGGGACAACCGCAGCAGCUGCGACUACAACUGGCAUUAUUCCUUACUCCUUACCCAAGACCUUCAUUGUCAACCGUCCAUUUUUCUUCUUCAUAUAUCAUGAGGACACAAAAUCCCUGCUGUUCAUGGGAAGGGUAAUUAACCCCAAUACAAACUAGGUGUCAUGUGCUUCGUCACUUGUUUAUUCAGAUUUAGGUUUUUAAAACCCGAAUUUAGUGUAAUAUUCUAUUGCUGUUCAGUUCUUUGAAAGCCACACCCACCUGUGAUCUUGAAUAAAACUCUACAUACUGUG